CGUCUUACGUUUCGCUCGGAGUGUCGUAUGCAGCGAUGCUUAGCGCCUUUCCUUGGUAAAGUGAAAAUGAAAUUUCUCCUACUUGACUGUGUAUUUGAAUCAACCAGAUAAUAUGGGACGGCCCAGAUUCAAAUGGGGGUUCUUCUUGCCGAGCAUCCCGACAGCAAUUGAUCAUUGAAUUUUAAGGUGACACACUGAGCAGACGUGUUACCGAUUUUGAGGGGCCCGACCUUACGCCGGAUUGGCACACUUUGAGGACGAAUUUUUGGAAUACAAUGAACCGUGGUGAACUGUAGAAGUGAUAAGUGCGAUAUUUGACUGAUAGACGAGAAUUUUCUGACCUACAGAGAACAAAAUCUGCAACCAUCGAGAAUGAAAGUGAAUAUGGGUUUGAGUAUAUUAAUCGGCGGGUUGAUGGUGUUAGUGAGUCAUACUUGGGCAGGAUCAAUUCAGAUUAGUGCUUAUGGAAACGCAACGAAAUCCAUAGAUGUGGCGUUGAACAAAAGUUCCAGUAACAGUUCCAUAAGAAGUGGGACUGGUCGAGCCAUGGGAGGUGGAAACCCAUUAGAAGGAUUGCUGUCGAAACCUAUCGGGUAUAGAUCUAGCAGUCAUCGGGAGUCGCAUAAGACACCAAAAUACAUCGUGUAUCCCAGCGCUAGCCAAUCGGUACUUCCUGAAUCUCAAAAUGCUGUAGCCAUGGAUAGGUUUGCCCCAGGAGAGGCAUAUGGCGGCACUGUUUACAAGAUCGUGAAGGCGAGAGAACAAAAAAAUAAAAAUGGUUAUCAGUAUCAGAAGCCAAGUGCCGCAUUUGAUGAUACAAAGCCAGAUGCAUCACCACCUGCCGCAGCAGCUCCAUCUGCUGUCACUGUACCAGCAUUGCCGCCACCCAUUACACCACCACAACUCCCACCUGUUAUAGAAGGACCAACCCCAAGUCCUGCCACAUCUCCACCAGCCCCAGCUCCAACGACUGCAACUCCAUCAGAUUCAUCUCCAUCCAAUCAAUACAUCCCGCCAUCCGAUUUGUAUCAAUUCGCACCGAACGUACACUCCCAUUACCCUCAACUCGCAAGCGGAGAUGUCCGCUUCAAUGGAGUCUCGAGUUAUCUUCCACCGCCUGCUGGAACAUCCGUUGAUUCUCCUCCAGCAGAUUCAAAUCCACCUUCAUCUCCGCCAUCGAACCAAUACAUCCCUCCUGAAGGUCUAUUCCAGUUUCCACCCAACAUUCAUUCCCAUUAUCAUCCCACGCCACCAGAAGAUUCAUUUCAAUUCAACGGAAUAUCGAGCUACCUUCCGCCACCAGCCGGACCAAGUGACGCCUAUUUGCCCCCUCCGUCUGAUGAUUCACCACCCACUCCACCUCCAGCCGACUCCAACGACAUGAUCGGAACAAUCCCCAUCGGUCCCGAUUCUCCUUAUCCUUCCUAUCUGCCCCCAUCAUCCCCCCCACAACCUGCCCCAUCUGCACCAAUGGUAAUGAAAAACCCACCCCCACCAAUGGAUUCCCCACCUACAAUGAGCAAGGACGUCAUGGCUGGCCCUCCCCAAGACAUUCCAUUUGACAUUCAUGACCACGAAAUCUACUACCCGCACGAUCACUACCACCACGAUCACUACUCACACGAUCAUUAUCCCGAGUAUAUUUUCGACCAUGACCACCAUCACCAUGACGAACCACCACCACCAACGACAGCGGCACCACCCCCUCCGCCACCACCAGUAGAUGCAGGAACUGCCCGAGUUAAGAACUACAGUUACUACUAUCUCAGUCGAACGCUGUGGUACGUCCCGCUGUACUUCACUCUGUACUUCUGCUUCUACGUGCUGAUCUUGAUCUUGCGAUCCAUUGCGAGGCAUAAGGUCAAUUAUCCUAACCAAUGGACGGGACGAUCGCUGCAGGAAAUGCAGUUUGUAACAAACGAUCAAGUAGUAAACAAGGCAGACGUCAUGGCAACAUUUGUUAUGAAACAAAUUGACGACUUUAAGGAAAAAUAUUUGUAGGAUUUUGAGAAAUUCGAUGUAUAGGUUAAGGUGGAAACUACAAUUGACCACUAGACACUUUUCAUGCAAAAUUCUGAGAUUUUUCAACUGUCGACAAAACACGACAUGGAAGAUGUUUACUGAGCAAUGUCACAAGUAAUAAACCACUUUGUUGAGUAUGAA